GCCCCGCCCGGAGCCUGCCGCUGCGAGACGUGCCGGGGCUGCUCCCUGCCAGUGGGGAGCCACAGGCGGAGGAGUUUAAGGAAGAAUACCCGCCGGGUGCCCUCCUCAGCGCCCGAAGCAGCGCCAUGCUUGCCCUCCGAAGGAGCCUGACUAGAGCUGUGGCCGCGCGGACGCUCGCGCCUCAGAUGUGCUCAUCUUUUGCUACGGGCCCCAGACAACACGAUGGAACGUUCUAUGAAUUUCGCACCUAUUGCUUUAAACCUUCAAAGAUUGAUGAAUUUCUGGAAAUUCUUAAGAAAAACAUACAUCUUAGGACGGCUUACUCUGAAUUGGUUGGAUUCUGGAGGGUAGAAUUUGGAGGCAGAACGAAUAAAGUGUUUCACAUUUGGAAGUAUGACAGUUUUGCUCAUAGAUCUGAAGUUCGGAAAGCCUUGGCCAAAGAUAAGGAAUGGCAGGAACAAUAUGUCAUUCCAAAUUUGGCUCUCAUAGAUAAACAGGAGUUUGAAAUUACUUACCUGGUGCCAUGGUGCAAAUUAGAAAAACCUCCCAAAGAAGGAGUCUAUGAGCUGGUUACUUUUCAGAUGAAACCAGGGGGGCCAGCUCUGUGGGGUGACGCUUUUAAAAGGGCAGUUAAUGCCCAUGUGGAGCUAGGCUACUCAAAACUGGUUGGAGUUUUCCACACAGAAUAUGGAGCACUCAACAGAGUUCAUGUUCUUUGGUGGAACGAGAGUGCCGAUAGUCGCCCAGCUGGGAGACAUUUGUCUCACGAGGAUCCCAGAGUUGUGGCAGCUGUUCGGGAAAGUGUCAAUUACCUAGUAUCUCAGCAAAAUAUGCUUCUGAUUCCUACGUCAUAUUCACCACUGAAAUAGUUUUCUGCUGAAAUACGAAGCAUUUCAUUAACUGCAAAAAGAUGUGUCUGCUAAUGGUGCCUAAAUUCUCCUGAGAUUCUUGCUAUUAUUUGAAGAAAGUAAUCACUAAUGAAGAUCUUUGGGACAUCUAUUUGUUUAUGGAAAUACUUGCCUUAAUAAAAGCCUACAUAUCCA